AUGCCAGUGAGGAAGUCGGUCACAGCUCGCAAGGCCCUGGACCAGUCCAGCCGCUAUGCGGACCUCUCCCUGGAUGAGGCGACGCUCAUCAAGAACGGCAAGCACGUGCUGGUGGCGUACAUCAUGAAGCCGAAGGCAGGCUACGACUACCUUGCCACCGCUGCGCACUUUGCUGCCGAGUCCUCCACCGGAACGAACGUGAACGUGUGCACCACGGAUGACUUCACCAAGUCUGUGGAUGCCUUGGUUUACUACAUCGACCCUGACAGCGAAGAAAUGAAGAUCGCUUACCCCAACCUGCUGUUCGAUCGCAACAUCAUCGAUGGCCGCGGCAUGAU